UCUACUUUAUACUAAAAAAAGGGAGAAUAUGGUUAAAUUGUCAAAUUUGUUUAUGCUUUAAUUAUUUUUCUUUUUAUUUUUUUUUGGCUGCAAUCAAUGUUGAAGGUAUUAGAUGUAUUCAAGAUUGUGAUUGUCCACAUAAUUUUUGCCCUCCUUCUUAUACACCGAAGUGUAUUAUCGGACGAUGUAAUUGUGUUUAAAAAAAGAAAGAAUUCUUAUCGGUUGUAAGGGAAAAAUAUAACAAAUGGGUUUGUAAUUUUAGGAAAUGAUUUUUAUGCAUAAUAUUUAAUUCAUAUAAAAAAAAUAGAUUCUCGGAAUUUUAUAAAAGUUUCUAGAGAGAGAAUGUCUGCCCUCUCUCUAGCACCUCUUUAGCUUCUUUUUUCACGUAUCUUCAUGGCAUGGCACAAGGUAGGGAAAAGAAAUUUCAAGCACUUGACGCCUAAAUGGGACGUUUCUCCGGUAGAGGAAUGCUUUGACCUCUAUUUUCUUCUCAGAAAUACCGGAAAGAAUAAUUUCUUUCGAGAUUUUUGAGUUAUUCGGUUGUGUUGGAGAUAUUAUAGAAGUUGUCAUAUCACCAAGAAGGAACAAGUUUGGAAAGAGAUUUGAUUUCGCCAGAUUCGAAAAUGUUGAGGAUGGAAGAGUUUUAGCCGUGAAGCUCGACAACAUUUUAAAUGAUGGGAGGAAGGUACAUGCUAACUUGCCUCGUUUUGCCAGAAGUUUUCAGUCGCGGGGUUCUUUUGGAGCAGAGAAGGUGGCUGGGGUGGAGGGGAAGAGGAGUGGCGGCGUUUCCCAAAAGCUCAACGAUGGAAGCAAGAUGAACUACUCGUGUUUUAUUAACAAGGAGGGAAGCAGAUCCUUCGCUGAAGCUGUUAAAGGAGGCAAAUCUCAUUGUUAUCUCAAUUUCAAUACGUCUGCAGAAAACCUAGAAAGAUUUAAGAGAGCUUUUGUGGGAGUGAUAGUGAAUCCGGGCAUGUCUUACAAUAUCCAAACGAGCUUUGAGAUGGAGGGAUACUUCUCAAUCAAGGUCACACCUUUAGGUGCAAAUCUUUGUCUUUUAGAGGAUAUUGAAGAUGGUGCGGUUCGUGACUUGAUUGAGGAAGGGAGAAGCUGGUGGACACAGUGGUUCUCAGAGAUAAGAGAAUGGAGGGAGGACGACAUUGACAGAGAAAGAGCAACUUGGUUGAGGGUUUACGGGAUUCCAUGCCACGCAUGGAACUUCGAGUUUUUUGAGAUGAUCGCUAAGACCGUAGGAACUUAUAUCUGUGUUGAUGAUAAUACUCAUAAGGGGGAACAUAUGGAUAUUGCUAGGAUUUUAGUCAAGACUCCAUGUAUGAUUGCUCUAAAUGAAACCUUUAGUGUGUGCAUUAAUGGAACUAUUUUUAAGAUCAAGCUUUCUGAAGAUUCAUAUGGUCCCAUGCGUAUUAAUUUGUUUCAGAAGGCCAAGAAGAUUGAGGGUCCUUCAUCUUCCUCUGAAUCUGAUUUUUGUUGGGAUAUUCCCGAGUUUGAAUAUGGUGAAGGAGGGGAGGCUCAUUCAGCUUCAAAAGUUGCGGAAUCGGUAGAGGCGGCUGCUACGGUCAGCAGGGGGUUAGGUGUGGAGUCCAAGGAAUUUCAGGCUGAGGUGACCAAAGGGAAACGUGUGUCAGACAAAAAGUUUGCAAAAGAAGUUAUUUGUUUUGAUGCAGCAGUAAAGGUAGCCAGGGAGGAGUCUGCAAGCGGGUCAAUCAAAAGUGGGGCCAAACAUUGUUGCCCUGGUUUUGAGGAGAAGACUGAUGAUUAUUCAGUGGAUACUUUUUUCAAAAAAACGAAACUUGUGGAGUAUAAACCUUUGGUCAAACCUAAAACUAAUAAGAUGGAUGAGGUUGAGGUUUUGUGUGGGCUUAAGGUUGGGAAAAAGAUUAGGCCCAAAAAACGGUCUCUCUUGAAAGUGACUGUUGGACCAAUUACAGGUGGACCAGCGGGCCCUGACUCAAGUUUGAAUCUUGACAAUGUGUUGAGGUUUUCUCAUCUUUCCGAAUCUCCUAUCGUCUCUCCGGCAUCCAGCAAGAGCGUGGAUAACAGCUUCUCGACGGGAAACAUCCUUUGCUGUGAUCAAGUUUCAGACACGGACAUGAUUCAGGGCAAUUCCAGAUUUUGGGAUCAAUUAGAAUCAAACGUAGGAAAGAAAUUGGGGGAUAUCAUUUCAAAGAUUGGGGUGAUGGAUUGUGAUGGCAACAACGACUCUAGAAAGAAGAUUUUGGAACUGGAACAUGGGGAUAGAAAGAAGAAGAUUGGUGAGAAGGUGCUCGUUAAACUGGAUUCAUGAUUAUAGGUUCAUUCAACAUAAGGGGAGGAGGCAGCAAGGUUAAAAGGAAGAGAAUUAGUUAGGUCUUGAUUAAAGGUAAGGCUGAUAUCUUUCUUAUUCAAGAAUCCAAGUUAGCUAAUGUUGAUGUCAGCAUUACCAAUAGCCUUUGGCCCAACGAGAAAGUAGGAUGGUCGUUCUCCAGUUCAGAGGGUGCUUCAGGAGGUAUGAUAACUAUGUGGAGGGAAGAUUCUUGUGAGGUUCUGUCUAGCUUCAAGGGAGAAGGAUUUCUUGGAAUAAAGUUAUUAAGAAAGGGAAAGUUUUACUAUGUCGUUAACAUAUAUUCAUCUUGCUUGUUGCAUCUCAAAAGGAGGUUAUGGAAGGAUCUCCUCACUAACAAAUCUAAAUGUUUGGACGGGGAGUGGUGUUUAGGCGGAGAUUUCAAUGCGAUCACGAAUGAAAGGGAAAGGAAGGGUUCUGAUUUAUAUUGCAGAAGGACUGAAAUGAGGGAGUUUGCAGACUUCAUUUCAGCCUCCAAUCUUAUUGAUGUGCAAUGUAAAGGGAAGGCUUUCAAUUGGUACAGCGACGACGGAAAAUCGAUGAGCAAAAUUGACAGGUUUCUUUUAUCUAAUUCUUUGAUUACUGAUUGGGGUAUUGUUGGGCAAUUCAUUGAUAAAAGAGAUAUUUCUGACCACUGCCCGAUUUGGCUUUCUUUCGAUCUUCACGAUUGGGGACCCAAACCCUUUCGCAUUAAGGAUUCUUGGUUCGAAGACCCAUCCUUCUUGUCUUUUGUUGAGCAGGAGUGGAAGAAUCUAGCGGUAAAAGGCAGAAGCGACUUUGUGUUUAAGGAGAAAUUAAGGCUGCUUAGAUUUCGUCUUCCCAUUUGGGACAAGGAGGUGCACAACAUAAUUGACUUAAAUAUUCACGACGGCAUUGAUGCUAUUAACGAAGCGGAUAGGCUGCUGGAAAGUUGUAAGGAUGGACUGAUCAAGGAGCUCGUUAUGAAGAGAAGUGAAGUUGUUAGUAAAUUAUGGUAGCAAUUGAGUCUGAAAGAUAGUAUGUUAUUCCAGAAAAGCAGAGCUAAAUGGAUGUGCAAAGGGGAUUUGAACACAAAGUAUUUCCAUAAUUGUAUGAAGGAUAGGUUCAGAAGAAAUCAUUUAGGUCCGUUAGUCAAGGAGGGAGGCAUGCUGGAGACGGUCGGGGAAAUCAAAGAGGAGGUUAGGAGUUAUUAUUCUCAUCUUUACGCUGAAACCGAUCCUAACCGUCCAGUUUUGAAUGGUAUCAGUUUCAAGACUCUGUCUAAGGAAGAAGAAGAUAUGUUAGAGAUGCCUUUUUCGGAGCUUGAGAUCAAGAAUGUGGUUUGGGAUUGCGAGGGUUCAAAAAGCCCGGGACCGGACGGUUUCAAUCUCAAUUUUAUCAAGAAGUGCUGGAGUUUCUUAAAGGAAGAUUUCUGUCUUCUAUUUUCGGAUUUUUAUUCGAGCGGGACUCUUUCUAAGGAAAUCACGUCCUCUUUUCUCACUCUUAUUUCGAAAAGAGACAAUCCUUUGGGCCUAAACAAUUAUAGACCUAUUUGCCUUGUAGGAUGCAUUUAUAAAGUUCUAGCCAAAUUGCUCGUAGCGAGAUUGAAAUUGGUUUUGGGGUCAAUUGUCUCGGAGAACCAGAGCGCCUUUGUGCCCGGUAGGCAGCUCCUCGACGGGGUGUUGAUUGCUAAUGAGGUGUUGGAUUUUGCGAAGAAAUCUAAGCAAAGCUUUUUAUUCUUCAAAGUUGACUUCGAGAAGGCUUACGACCGAGUUAGUUGGGACUAUUUGAGAAACGUUAUGAGAAGGAUGGGUUUUGGUAAUCGAUGGAUGAAUUGGAUGAACGGAACGGUUUUCUCGAGUUGGAUGUCGGUUUUGGUGAACGGAAGUGCAACUAAGGAUUUCAAAGUUGGUAGAGGUCUUCGCCAAGGAGACCCGUUAUCGCCUUUUUUGUUUGUUCUUUCUGCAGAGGGGCUCUCGGGGAUUGUUAAGCAAGCUGUCUAUAUAGGUGAUUUUAAAGGUAUCAAGCUGGGCACGACAUGUGAAAUUGAUAUACUCCAAUAUGCCGACGACACGCUGCUGAUGGGGCCUGCCUCUUGGAGGCAGAUUUGGGUUUUAAAGGCCUUGCUCAGAGCCUUUGAAGUUGUAUCGGGAUUAGGUAUUAAUUACAACAAAUGCAGACUGAUAGGCACCAAUGUGUUUGAUCGUUUCUUGGAUGCUGCUGCUUGUUUUUUGUCUUGCAGGAUCGAGAAGAGUUCUUUCAAUUUCCUCGGCAUUCCAAUUGGAUGCAACUCGGGAUAAUGCUCAAAUUGGAAUCCUUUAAUCCGGAAGAUCAAAGCUAAGCUGGAUAAUUGGAAGAAUAGAUGCAUUAGCUUAGGAGGCCGUAUAACGUUACUAAAAUUUGUUCUUUCGAGCAUUGCUGUUUUUCAACUCUCGUUCUAUCGCGCUCCUUUGAAGGUGUGUCAGGAUAUUCAAAGGAUUCAAGCUAGCUUUUUAUGGGGCGAAAAAGUAGGCAAGAGAAAGAUUCAUUGGGUCGGG